CGUGUGUGGCCGUUCUGACAGUGCAGCGACACAUUUCUUUCUCCAUCGGCAGCGCGUGUGGUGUGAUCGUUGUGCUCAGUCCAGUCCAGUGCUCCGCGAAAUACCUAAUAAAAUUAUCGGCCCCGACGACUUCAUUUUUGCGGAAAACCAGUAACUAAAUCAGUUUAACGAAACGUAUACGCGCACGACGACCGAAAAAGCAAGAGCCACGUCGUUGUCGUCGUCGUCGUCGUCAGGGGAACAGACAUAUUGAAAAUUGUUUUUCGUGGUUGAAGAAAAUACGGUAAUUUGUUGUAUGAGUCAGAAAGCCGAAAGACCAGUACUAUCAGGUCAACGCAUUAAGACCAGGAAAAGGGAUGAAAGAGAGAAGAAUGACCCCACGGGAUUCCGUGACGCGGUCAUUGCAGGUCUCGAUGCAGCUGAAGAUCUAGAGCAAAUUUACAAGUACCUUGACAGCGCUGGUAAUAAACUCGACUAUCGUCGCUACGGUGAAGUAUUAUUCGAUAUCUUAAUUGCUGGUGGAUUACUCGUUCCCGGAGGAUCUAUCUCACAAGAUGGCGAGAAACCACGUACCGAUCGCUGUAUAUUCGCAGCAUCGGAAGACAUGGAAUCGAUGCGGAACCAUGAGCAGAUCUUUAUGCGGCUUAUGCGUCGAUACAAGUAUCUCGAGAAAAUGUUUGAAGAGGAGAUGAAGAAAAUUCUCAUCUUCAUCAAGGGUUUUACUCCACUCGAAAGGAUCAAGCUCGCUCGCAUGACGGCUCUGUGGAUGGCCAAUGGUUCCAUUCCGCCGCAAGUGUUGAGCGUACUGAACAAUGAACACCUGACGAAGGACGGGCUCGCGCUCGAGUUUCUGCUGGAGGUGUUCGUCACCUACAAGCAGGAAAAGGGCGGCAAUGCGCCUUUGGUGGCGGCAUUGCGCAAGAGCGGUCUCGACAACCGCCUGCUGGAGUUUCUGCCCUUGAACAAGCGCAACGAGGACUACCUCAAGACGGUGCUCGUCGAGAAGGAUCUGGCCGACAUCUUCAAGCUCCACAUGAAUCAGGCGAGCCAGGAAGCGAAACGAGAACUGACACAGCUGCUAGUUGAUGAUAUUAACGAUAACAAGACAAUUAAGGAUAUUAUCGCCGACACGAAGGAAAUGUCGACGAAAUCUAACAUUCCCGAGCAUGAAGUUGUUGGUCUCAUUUGGUCCACCGUAAUGUCGCUAGCCGAAUGGAACAAGAAAGAGGAACUGGUCACGGAGCAGGCAACGAAACAUCUGCGCACCUACACGCCACUGUUCGAAGCGUUCACCACCACGGACCGGUCGGAGAUGGCCCUGCUGCUGAAGGUGCAGGAGUUUUGCUACGAGAACAUGAACUUUAUGAAAGCCUUUUCGAAGAUUGUUCUGCUCUUUUACAAAACCGAAGUUAUCACGGAAGAUUCGAUUCUGAAGUGGUACAAGGAGGGCCAUUCGAACAAGGGAAAGAUGCACUUCCUUGAACAGAUGAAAAAAUUCAUUGAGUGGCUUCAAAAUGCCGAAGAAGAAAGCGAAUCUGAGGAAGACUAAAUCUACACUGUCGCGGUGGCGCUCAUCUCGUUUUUUGUCGUCUUUUUUUGGAUACGUUUUUCAUCCUCCCACCACGCACCGUUUUUAUCUACAAUAGCGCGCAACCCAUCACCACCACCACCACCACAGUCACGAUCACAUCGCCUGGCGUUCUUCUUUGCAAUAAACUAAACGAUUCCGCGUGUGUUCCGCGCGCGCGCACCAAUUCAAACAACAUCCUUUAUCCCAUCCCGGAACGCAGCAAAAGCACAACAAUACGUAUUCUCAUUUUUAUCCCCGUUAUUAUUUUUUUUUAUUAGAACAAUGAAAGCACUGUGGUGCUGAAUAGAACGAACAGCGGCUGCUGCUAACCCCUUCCGUUUCUCUCCAUGCUCUAUCUCCCGGGGCAUGGGAGGGGAGGGUAGACCGCUAGUGAAAAGAAACCCGAUGGAAAAUAUAAUACAAAAUAUGGUUGAAAGGGAAAA